CCCCUCCAGGAUCCCCGACGCCGCCGAGGCGCCCAGCGACGCGCGGCGGGUGGCGGCAGCUCGGGCCCCCGCCGCACUCCAGGCGCCCGCAGCGCUCGUCCUGACGCGGCCGCCAUGGCGCAGGAGAACGCUGCCUUCUCGCCCGGGCCGGAGGAGCCGCCGCGGCGCCGCGGCCGCCAGCGCUACGUGGAGAAGGAUGGCAGGUGCAACGUGCAGCAGGGCAACGUGCGCGAGACAUACCGCUACCUGACCGACCUGUUCACCACGCUGGUGGACCUGCAGUGGCGCCUCAGCCUGUUGUUCUUCGUGCUGGCCUACGCGCUCACCUGGCUCUUCUUCGGCGCCAUCUGGUGGCUGAUCGCCUACGGCCGCGGCGACCUGGAGCACCUGGAGGACACCGCGUGGACGCCGUGCGUCAACAACCUCAACGGCUUUGUGGCCGCCUUCCUCUUCUCCAUCGAGACCGAGACCACCAUCGGCUACGGGCACCGCGUCAUCACCGACCAGUGCCCCGAGGGCAUCGUGCUGCUGCUGCUGCAGGCCAUCCUGGGCUCCAUGGUGAACGCCUUCAUGGUGGGCUGCAUGUUCGUCAAGAUCUCUCAGCCCAACAAGCGCGCCGCCACGCUCGUCUUCUCCUCGCACGCCGUGGUGUCGCUACGCGACGGGCGCCUCUGCCUCAUGUUCCGCGUGGGCGACUUGCGCUCCUCACACAUAGUGGAGGCCUCCAUCCGCGCCAAGCUCAUCCGCUCGCGCCAGACGCUGGAGGGCGAGUUUAUCCCGCUGCACCAGACCGACCUCAGCGUGGGCUUCGACACGGGAGACGACCGCCUCUUCCUCGUCUCGCCGCUGGUUAUCAGCCACGAGAUCGACGCUGCCAGCCCCUUCUGGGAGGCGUCGCGCCGUGCCCUCGAGAGGGACGACUUCGAGAUCGUUGUCAUCCUCGAGGGCAUGGUGGAAGCCACGGGAAUGACAUGCCAAGCUCGGAGCUCCUACCUGGUAGACGAGGUGCUGUGGGGCCACCGCUUCACGUCAGUGCUGACUCUGGAGGACGGCUUCUACGAGGUGGACUAUGCCAGCUUUCACGAGACUUUUGAGGUGCCCACACCUUCAUGCAGUGCUCGAGAGCUGGCAGAGGCUGCGGCCCGCCUUGAUGCCCAUCUCUACUGGUCCAUCCCCAGCCGGCUGGAUGAGAAGGUGGAGGAGGAGGGGGCGGGCGAGGGGGCGGGUGGGGAAGCUGGGGCCGACAAGGAGCAGAAUGGCUGCCUGCCACCCCCAGAAAGUGAGUCCAAGGUGUGACCAGCUUCCUCCGGACCCCUGUGGCAGACCGGGGGCCAGACACAGGUACAUGGGGAACUGCAUAUCGGAGGAGAAGGAGGAGGAGGAGGAGAAGGUAGGCAAAGCCCCUGGAAAUGUGCUAACGUUGGAAAGUCCCCAUCCCCCAGAAUCUCAAGUCUAGAAUCCAGUAUGGAAGGGAGGGGUCCUGAUUUCAGGGAAAUGGAGGGUGGGGCCAGGUGAACAUGCCAGUCUGUGUUUGACCUUCACAUUUGUUCAUGAGUGGAUGUAUGGACAGAAGGAUGGACUUUUGGGGGUUGGAUGGGAAGAUGGUGGCCGAUAAAGACAGCUGACAGAUACAUAAAUGGACCAAUAGACAAUUGGUUCACUCAGGGCUGCCACUAACCUGUAGAACACCUCUGUGCAAAUUCUAAAAAGGAACCCUUUUCCUCCAGACAGAUACAGCCCCAAACCAGGGUGCAUGGCUUGGGGAGCAGAGUGUAGGAUGGAUUGCAGUCCCCACUCACCUCUUCUGCCAGCCUCCCCACAUAUGGCACAACUGUCUAAUGACACGGUAGGCCAAGCUGAAGCAAAGGAGAAAGGAGCCGCACCAAGAUGGACACAUGAGGAGGGUGCCCUCCUAGCUCCACCCUCCCCAGGAUGAAGGGGUGCAAGGGGGCUCAGCAAGGUGUGAAUGACCUUAGUCUGCAAGUUCAGGGAAGCAGGCAGAGCAGGGAGGUGCCUGAGCUGGGGCCUGGAGAAGGGCCUGGGAAAGGAAAACCAGCGAUGGCUAUUUUCUUACAGUGGAGUGAGAUCUUACAGGUAUCAGGCACAGGCAGGAAGAGGGAGAGAGCUCCUGAGGAGGAAGGGACAGAGAGAGAUCUAGAAAGUGGGUUCACUAGAGCUGGGACACAGGGAGCCCCUAGGAAAGCAGUGUGUCCUUGGGGCACAGUCAUUCACAUCACUGAUUGGGUGCCAUGUGAGUGGACAUUCAAAAACCUGGUUCCUGUCCUCAAAAUAAGGGGCACCUGGGAAAACAGAGGAAUCGACCUGUGGCGACCGAACAAGGGAUGAUUCAAACUGACAACCUGUGCAGUCCCGCGGAGGGUGGGGGAGUGUGGGUGAUCAGAAGGCUGGGGCCGGUGUAAGCCAUAAGGAAUAUGUAAGUCAGGAGUUAGAAAUCUUCAGUGUGCAUUGGAAUCACCUGGAGGGCUUAUUAAAACACAGAUUUUUGGGCUCCACUCCAAGGGUUUCUGACCCAAGAGGUGGGUCAGAGAAAAAUGUGCAUUCCUAAGAAGUCCCCAGGUCAUGCCGUUGCUGCUGGACUGGGGACCACACUUUGAGAACCUGUGCUCUAAGCAAAGACUUGGAAGUCCUAUCAGGACAUGGGGUAUAGAAACUGAGGAGUAGCUGAGAGGAAGAUGAGAGAAGCUAAGAAGAAGCUGAGGAUCCUCACAGGAGCAGACAGAGAAAUGUGAAGGGCAGGGUUUUGUGUGUGGGAAAGGGACCCGAAGCCCAGGCUGAAGAGUUUAACUUUGGGCCCAGGAACUCAACCAUCAGUGGAAACAGGGCAGUGACAAGUGGAGGGGCUGUCUGGAAGCUGAGCAGGCCCGACAGAGAGAUGAAGCCAUCAGAAGGACUUGAGGGGGUUCCUGGGGAGGCCAGGGGGAGGUGGAACAGGAAGGGUUUUAGGGGCAAAGGACAGAACCCCUUGUAGGACUGGAGGCAGGAUUGAAUGUAGGAGAAAAUCUGAGAGAAGUGAUAGGAGUCAGAACAUCUGGAUGUGUCUGCAGCCUGCUGUCAGCCCAACUGGGCCAGGGGGUCCCAAAGACACAUAUUCUCACCCCACCUCCACCUGCUUCCUGAUCACAUCCCAGUCACCAGCGGCAGCUUCCUGGAUGGUGGGGAAGAACAAUGGCAAGUUGAGAGGGGCAGAGGGGUGCAAGGGACCUGAAGCUGGCCUGGAGAAAAGCGUAGGCCCAGGAGAGCCUGCCUUGGGACAGUGCCUGUCUCCCACACAGCAGCACUGGCCCAGCAAGAACCUUCUCCCUUGGCCCUGGCCACAUCCCACUCCUGCCCUUUCAUAAGUCCCCUGGGGAAAGCACCCGUCUUCUCUGUUCCAGGCUGGACAGCCAGGGUCCUAUGGGCGCAGUCAGGGUCCUAUGGGCACAGCCAGGGUCCUAUGGGCACAGUCAGGGUCCUAUGGGCACAGCCAGGGUCCUAUGGGCACAGCCAGGGUCCUAUGGGUCCUCUGGAAGCAAGAAAGGGGGCCAUGGAAGGAACCCAGACAGUUUGGGUUCACUCAGAGAGGACCCAAGUCCCAGUCCCUUCCUUUCAGUCAAAGCACGGAUAUCUUUGCCUCAGGUCACAGGGCACCAGGGGGUCCUGUCAUCAAAGAUGAGAUUCCUGAAUGCUGGUAUUGGCUGGUCCCCUAAGAACAGACGUUGAGGGGUGGAAUGGGGAUUCAUUUGGGUUUCAGAAAAACAGGGGAGUCUGGACAAGAGGGGAUGGGCUACUUGGUAUCCAGACACACGCACUCACACAGGAGCCAACCCUUUGCAACUGAACAAGCAGAGAAACUGAGGCUGGAAAGGCCCCUCCUGCCUGCUGAAGUCACUGGGACCCUGCCACACCUCUCCUCGCCACUGUCACCACUCAGGGCACCACUGUACAGUGCAACAAGUCAGGAGACCUAGGUCCUACUCCUGACACUUGCUAAUUAGCUCUAUGACUCUGGGCAAAUCGCAUAUCUGGGCCUCAGUUUCCUCAUCUGUAAAAAUUACACUUAGCAAACUCGUAAUGCUCAAUAAAUGUUUAAAUAACAACUGAAGGAGGCCUACUGGAUGCCUCUUAAGGUGCCGUGCAGGUAAGAAUUUUAGGAUCAGAGAAUCCUUAGGCAAGAAAAUUCAUGAAACUCCUGAGGCACUGGAGGAGGGGUGAAGCUGAAGGAUGGGAGGGAGGAGAUCCCAGGGUGGGUAUAGGCAGGUGAGGCAGGUAUAUGCGGGUGUAGCAGGUAUAUGCGGGUGUAGUGGGUGUAUGCGGGUAGUGGGUGUAUGCAGGUACAGCAAGUACAUGCGGGUGCAAUGGCUCUGUGGACACACAGGCCCUCCCCUGACUGCCUGUUGUCCCAGCCUGAGUAUCAGUUGUGUUCUGAGGCUUCUAUUCUGCUGCUAUCAGUCAGAAGGAACAAGAAUUGCAGCCCCAGGGUCUAGUGGGAGGACUCAGGUCCAAGACUAGCCUGACCAGGAGAAUAAGAAGAGUGGGGGAAAGUCUGGGGAGCUCAGAAAAGGCACUGCCCCUAGAGGCCCAUGCCCUUUAACAUGGGAGAAGCUGGGGAGGGGGGACCACAUGCAGCUGGAACCUACCCUCCUUUUCUAUGCUUCCCUCCCCAAGUAGGAGUCCAGUCAGGAGUUGUCUCAGCCCUGACAGUUCAGGCAGCAGAUGGAACCCAGGUGUCCCCUCCUGGGGUAGGUGGCAUGGCCCGCGGAGGCCAGAUGGUGUUUGUGGUGGGAAGAGAGGCCUGGGUCGUCCAGAAUAGGUUGUCAACCCCCAACCACCUCCCUACUGUGCACCCUGAGCCUUUUACAGUCUCAUGGUAGGGAAGACACAGCCAAGCCUGCUUUUUAUAAAACCAGUUUAUUCACCUUUUAGAAAAACUAAUUCCAGGAUGGGGAAUGGCCUCCCUAUAGGAUCCCUGUGAGAUCAAGAACAGAAGGCCAGAGGGAGGGGCUUGGGAGGGAAGGAGUGGGGAAGGGGAGGCAUGUUUCCCAUUCUGGGUAGUGGGAAGUCAAAUAAAUUAAAGGAAGAGUGGACAGAGGGAGAGGGUGUCCAGGCAACCAGAGGAGGGCUUGGAGCUGGGCCGGAAGACAGUCAACACCUGCAAGACCUGAAAAGGGCACCCAGUGUGAGCUAAGGACAGAGAGCCCUGCAUGGGGCUCCCUCGUGGCCUCCACCCCUUAACAGGGCCCUGUGGAUCUGAGCUGCCUACUCCUCCUCCAGGUGGGGCCUGGGAGGGAGCAGCUUGGUUCAGGACUUGGUGGUGGGAAGCCCAGUGAAAACAAGGUUGGGGGGUUCUUUUCCCUCACCUGGGGAGUAAGAGAUCACCGUUUUCGAAGCCUCUUCAUGAAGCAGCAAGUGAUGGUACCAAGGACAGUGGCACCAGUGACUAGGGCCACCCCUGUACCCACCAGCAGAGGCACCAACAGGGUGUCCAGGGCUGGGGGAGAGAGUAUGACUGUUCAGAGAGGAUGCCAUCAUCCUCCACCCAUCACACUUGCCUCUACACGUUCCCCAUCAAGUUCUCUGAACCCACCUUCUCCAUUCACAGGCACCCCAUCCCUGCCCACAGCCUGCCCUCUCAGCAUGCAAGUCAGCAUCAACCACAGAGGACCCCAUGCAGCAGCAACUUCAAAACCUCCUGUCUGCCCCUCACUGGGUAUGAUCAUCUUUCUACUUGGGGGCUUGAAUCUCACCCCUCAGCCAUGGGCCUCCUAUCUCUAUACCCAAUUUCUGAGCAGAGAAAACCCAUCAAGGGCAGAGGGGAAAGAAAUGCUAACAAGGCUGCUCACUCUGUGGAAGAUGAGUUCCUUGGAGUCAGAUGAUAGCUCUCUGGUACCCCCUGCGGCCACAGCGCCCACCAGGAUACUGUCCCUCCCAGCUCCCACAGUGGGAUGUGUAAGUGGUACUUACACAGUGUCUGCACGUCCACGUGGGCCAGGACAGCCCUUUUCUCUGCGAUCUGGGCCCAGCUGCCAUCAGGAUCCUGAAUCCACUCAGCGGCAGUGCAGUGGUAGGUGCCUGCGUCCCCUGCCUGGGCACCCCCUACUACCAUGCGGUACCGAUCGGUCCCUUCCUUGCCCAGACGAAGCUCCCCUGCAGCCAGUCGCUCAGCAUAGGGAGCUCCGGCCUCCACGGCCAAGUCUGACCGGAUUCCCACCACUUCCUGCAGAGUUGCUCGCCCAACUGGUGCCUCAGGCACAGAUCGCCCAAAGGACACAGCCAGGUGUGUGUGCUGCUGUGUGCUUGUCCUCGCCAGGCAGCCCAGUGCCAGCUCCUGCCCCUCAUGCACCAUCAGGCGUGGGGGUGAGGUUGGGGCCUGGCGGCCUCGGGGCCCUGGGGGGGCAGCAGACACCUGGAGGGCAUCUGGAAGAACUGGAGAGAACAGCUGGAGUGAGGGAGGGCUGGGAGCUGGCAGCCCUUGUUACUGUUUCCUGUGUACAGCCUAUCUCCCUAAAUAGACUGUGAGCUCUCAGAGGGCAAAGAUUGCAUGUUGUAUUAUUUCCUCUGUAACUCAGUGGUGCCAAGUGCAGUACUGGGCACAGCACAGGCACUCAAUAAAUACUUGUUGAAUUUCAUAGAACCAGCCCAUGUUGGUUCUAUGUUCGAGACUGA